AUUGCCUAAGAUCUUCUCUCAAACUCAAAAAUGGCGUUCUACAAGAAUUCACUUUCUCUCCUUUGCCUCGUGAGCUUAGCCAGCCUAAUCCUUCCCUUAAACGCCCAGGACUCACAACAAGACUUUCUUGAUGCACAUAACCAAGCUCGAGCAGCUGUGGGUGUUGGACCCAUGACUUGGGACAACACAGUGGCAGCUUUUGCUCAGAAUUAUGCCAGUCAACGAGCUGGUGACUGCAAUCUUGUGCAUUCCACUAACCCACCUUACGGGGAGAAUCUUGCUAUGAGCACCGGUGACUUUUCAGGCAAAGAUGCUGUAAAACUGUGGGUUGACGAAAAGGCUUUUUACGAUUACAAUUCUAAUUCUUGUACUGGAGGAGAGCAGUGCUUGCACUACACACAGGUGGUUUGGCGUAACUCGGUUCGCUUAGGAUGUGCUAAGGUGAAGUGCAACAAUGGAGGAACCUUCAUUGGAUGCAACUAUGAUCCUCCUGGCAACUUUGUCGGGCAAAAACCUUAUUAAUUCCAAAUCUUCAUGGGAUCAUGUUUUGUUUUAGCUUGUUCCCUUUCACAUUACUAAGUGAAGAAGAUACUAUGUAUUAUCAAUAAAUCAUUACAAUAAUAAAACAGUUAAUCAGCCUUAA